AUGCUUAUACCUCGUUUGUUGGUUUUUGCCUUAUUGACUUUCCAUUUAGCUUCGGCGUUUUGGCCAUUUUCAGAGAGCUCAGAUGAAGAGAAUGGUUGCCUGGACAUUUACAAAUGCAACUCGUGCUUCAAGAUAAAGAAAGAAGGAAAGUGUGAUCAACACAUGAGAGAAUGUCGUAAAACAUGCUCUGGGUGUGAAGGACCAGGGAGCGAUCGCUAUGGUGCAGAGAAAUGUCAGCAUUACAAAAAGAAAGGCUAUUGCGAUUAUCCCUCGUUCAAGUACUUUAAGUGCCAGAAGACCUGCAGCAUUUGCGAAGUUAAUGGAAACUGGGGUGAGUGGAGCGGAUGGAGCACGUGCACUAAAACAUGCAAACAGGGGAAACAAUCAAGAAAACGUGAAUGUAAUUCACCAGCUCCAAAAUAUGGAGGGAAGAAAUGUCAUGGAGAGGGGAAGGAAACUCAGAUUUGCAACGAAAUGGUUCCAUGUCCAGUUCAUGGUAACUGGGGACAAUGGAGUGAGUGGAGCACUUGUACAAAGAGUUGCAAACAAGGAAAACAAUCAAGAAUACGUGAAUGUAAUUCACCAGCUCCACAAUACGGUGGAAAUAAGUGUGAUGGAGAAGCAAAGGAAGCACAAGUUUGUAACCAGAAUGUCUCCUGCCCAGGUAAGCUAGACUGGUAUUGUAUUUACUUACAGUCGAAAUGUUAUUUUCUUCCAGUUGAUGGCAGCUGGGCGCAAUGGAGCGAGUGGAGUACAUGUACAAAGAGUUGUAAACAAGGAAAGCAAUCAAGAACACGUAAAUGUAAUUCGCCAGCUCCUCAGUACGGUGGAAAGAAAUGUGAUGGCAAAGCAAAGGAAAGUCAAGUGUGUAACCAGAAGGUGCCCUGCCCAGUUGACGGAGAGUGGGGAGAGUGGGGCAAGUGGAGCACUUGCACUAAAACCUGCAAACAAGGAAAACAGUCAAGAACACGUGAAUGUAAUUCACCAGCUCCUCAAUAUGGAGGGAAGAAAUGUGAUGGAGAGGGGAAGGAAACUCAGAUUUGCAACGAAAUGGUUCCAUGUCCAGGUAAGAUGUCGAAAUGUUAUUUUCUUCCAGUUGAUGGCAGCUGGGCGCAAUGGAGCGAGUGGAGUACAUGUACAAAGAGUUGUAAACAAGGAAAGCAAUCAAGAACACGUAAAUGUAAUUCGCCAGCUCCUCAGUACGGUGGAAAGAAAUGUGAUGGCAAAGCAAAGGAAAGUCAAGUGUGUAACCAGAAGGUGCCCUGCCCAGGUAAGCUUGAAUUCACAGCCUCUGUACCAGGUAAUUUUAAAAUUUACUAUCUUUCUUUGAUAUAUUGCGUGAAGCUGAAGCUUCCAAUCAUUUUCAUUUUGCUACUAUUAGUUGACGGAGAAUGGGGAGAGUGGGGCGAGUGGAGCACUUGCACUAAAACCUGCAAACAAGGAAAACAAUCAAGAAAACGUGAAUGUAAUUCACCAGCUCCACAGUACGGUGGAAAGAAAUGUGACGGAGAGGCACAAGAAAGUCAAGUGUGCAACGACAAAGUCUCUUGCCCAGUGAAUGGAAACUGGGGAGAGUGGGGUGAAUGGAGUAAGUGUAGUAAAACAUGCGGAGGAGGAGAACAUUCAAGAACACGCAAAUGCAACAAUCCAGCGCCUGCUCAUGGAGGUAAAGACUGUGUAGGAGCAUUCAGACAAAGACGGCUUUGCAACAAGGAUAAGUGCCCAGGUAAGACUCAGAUUAAAUUAUAUUCUACUCGUACUUUCCUUAUUCUGUUUUUAUUAGUUAAUGGAGGCUAUGGGAAAUGGACUACCUGGAGCACAUGCAGUAAGACAUGCAAAGAAGGAAAAAGGUCAAGAACUCGCGAAUGCAAUUCUCCAGCGCCUCAGUAUGGUGGAAAACACUGUCAAGGAGACCCCAGCGAGACAGUCACUUGCAACGAGAAUGUUCCUUGCCCAAGUAAGAAAAUAAGAACUUACCUAAUACUGGUUACACUACUGGUCCAGUUUCCGGCUAUUGUAAGGGUUACAAAAGUAAGAGUGCCAGGAUUGUUAGAAUUUAUUACUGAUGUUUAUCACGCACAAAACUUCCGUUUUGCAGUUGACGGAAUGUGGGGUUCGUGGAGCUCUUGGACGGCUUGCAGUAAAACAUGUGGAUACGGUACCCGAGAGAGAACACGUAACUGCGAUAAUCCCAAACCGGCGCACAAUGGAAAAUCCUGUGUUGGAAUUGGAUUUCAGAAACGUCGAUGCCAUGCUUACUAUCCUUGCCCAAGUAAGUUAAAGAUUGGAUAUCACGUGUACCUUGUUGCUAUUGUUAUAGUUGAUGGUCAUUGGACCACCUGGGGUUCCUGGACUCAAUGCACCAAGACCUGCGGCUUAAGCUACAGAAAGAGAUCCCGUUCAUGCACUGACCCCGCUCCGCAAUUCGGUGGAAGUGGUUGCGAUGGACAGAAUGACCAAGUUGAACGCUGCACAGGCAAACCUUGUACGUAGAAUGUUUGUUGUGAUGUACAAUGCCAAGUCCGUUGUGAUAUAUUGUCACCUAUUUUUACUCAAUUUAGUUCAAAAGUUUAAGGCUUGUUUCCUUUUGUUUCUUUUUCUUUCCAUUUUUUUCGCCAAGAUGUCAAAUUUGAUAGUUGCUGCGUUGAGUUCGUCUGAAGGGCCUUGGGUUUGUGCCGUGACAUACAGUGAUCGUUGUGUUGUAUUCCUGAAAAAGAAAAUUUCUUUUUUCAAAGAAUCUCUACACCCAGGAGUUUAAAAUAGUAACAGGGGAUUUCUAAGCAGCUUACGAAAAUGUGGCAGUUGAAGGUGGAUUGACGGCCGAAACAUUUCAUUCAGAGAAAACAUGCCGAAAGCUCAGAAAAUGUAACACCGACAAUAAAUCUUGAUUCUUGAUACCGGGACGGUCUCUCUACAAUGUAGCUUAUUCUUCUAAAUAUUUUAUCGCUCACGUGUUCUUAAGGAGUUCUAACAUUGCAAGAAAUGUUGGGAGAUAAAAAGUUUGUUUGUUGCUUAAUGUAAUUUUUUUUUUCUGCAGGUUAUUGAUUUUUUUUUCAAUGUUGGAGAUGUAAGUAUUCAAGAAUAUGUUGAUUUAUCCUGUGUCUGUUUUACUUUCACGUACAUAUAUUGUGUUUAAAUGUACUUUGGUUUUGGUUUACCCACACUUGAAUUUUUCUACAACGUAACGGGACACGGGAAAACGUUUCCUCUAUCCUGAAUAUCUUGUCUGCCUAUAGCAAAGACAUUUAACACUGAGUCAGAUUUGAAGUUCGCACAUAAUGCUAGUCAUGGUAUAUGUUUUGCCUCUAGGUCAAAUCUAAGUGCUACCACUGACCUAAUAGGAAGAGACAACGGAAACGCCACAAGAUAUCAAAGUGUAAUGUAGUGAUGACUUUAAGUAUAUUGAUAAUAAAGAGCGU